AUAGAAACCAUUUUUCAAGAAUAUGUUUUUUCAAGCAAAAACGGAAACAGUUCCUCGAAUUCUAGUUAAUCCACAUCCUUUCACGUAAAGGUUUUAGUAAAAAGGUCACUGAAGUUUCAUAUACGGGAUGUUAUUAUCACAAAAUUAGGAGAAACUCUUCUCUAUUUAGCUAGUAGGUGUGCUUCCUGUUUCUAAACAAGCGCGGUGCAUCUGUGCCGAAUUACUUCGGAACUUGGGAUUCGAUUUCAAAUUAUCGCUGCUGUAGAGAAUUUACUGUUUAUUUUUAUCUCUUUUUGCAAAGGACAGCGUUGCCUGUCUUUAUCGGAAAAUCACCACAUUUUCCCACUGCAAUUUUAACCUUACAUCAACAUACUUGGUUCCAGGAGGCUGUGGGAAAUCACAGUUCUGCAAGGAGACAAACAUGUCUCUUGUUUUGGUUGAAAACCAGUUAUCAAUUGUGGUUAGUCUUCAUCAAGUAUUAAUAAUGGCGAAGUUUUAAAGCCUUCGAAAAAUUGGCUUAGAUAAUAGUAUUUAGAUAAGGGUCAUGUUAUUUUUAAGAAAAAGCUCCUGAAGUUCAAAACCCACACAGUAAUUUAAAUUUGUUAAGGCAUGAAGCAUUCUUACGGCCUUAGUAACUUGUAAUUUUAGAAUUUGAAUUACGCAUGUGGUUUGGAAUUUCUAAGCUGAGCCUGCUCUGCUUGAAUUGUUGCUUCAGAAUAGCCUGGUGCAUAUACGUAUAGUCUGUAAUGUAUUGUUUCCGGCUAAAUGUGCAGAGGAAUAUUCAAGCAUGUCAAGAAUAAAAGAAGUUUUUCAGCCGAAAGGAAGGCAUGCAAGAACAAUGUCGAACGUAUCUACAAAAUCUGCAAGGUCCAGGACCCUGUCCCAUGGAAGUGGAAGCGACGAGUGUGACGAGAAGGAAAUAACGUUGUUUGUACAUCCGGUCUCCAAGAAACUCCUCUGUAUGCUCUGUGGAAGUGUUUUUAAAGAACCAAUCAUUGCAUCUUGUGGACAUACGUUCUGCCGAAUCUGUGUUUCAAUAAAGAACAACGAACCGUGUCCUGUCGAUGGGGCCAAGUUGACAGCUGUUGUUGCAAAUUUAGCCGUGGACGAACAAAUAAAUGAAUUAUACAUUCAUUGCAAAUAUGGCUGUCGUCCAUGCUCAAGCGGGGUUCCUGGUGAAUAUGAAAUCCAUCCUGAUGGUUGUCCAAUGGAAAUUAAGUUUGGGACCAGAGCGGAACACGAGGCCCUUUGUGAGUAUGCUCCUAUUCGGUGUCCCAACAGUUCAACUUGUCCAACUAUGAUAAAACUGGACCUCGAAGAACAUCUUGCACAAUGCCAACAUCUGAGAUGCCCAAAUUCGAGAUUCAAUUGUCCAUUCAAAGGAACUGAUGAACAAGUUGAUUCUCAUUUAAAAGAUUGCAAAUUUGAAGGACUCAAGGAUUUUCUUCAACACACUGAGGAGCGUAUGCAACGUACUUUGACCCUUCUAGAAGAGAAAGACCAGGAAAUAAGUUUUUUGAAGUCAAUGCUUGCUAAAGUAACAGAAAGAAUGGAUCGCAUGGAAAAGGCAGUAGAAAUACGAGUUGACCUGCUUGAUGAAGGGCAGACAAAAUUAUCAUCAGAUCUCCUUGAUGCACGUCGAAGUCUCAAUCAUAUUGAGCAAGAACUAUCAAGCAUGGAUGCCCGUGUUUUCAAUAUCGGAUCAUUUGAUGUUCAGCCAACACUUAAAUGCAAAGGCACCUUUGUUGGUCAUCAAGGCCCAGUUUGGUGUUUAUCUGUAUUUGGUUAUUAUCUGUUUAGUGGAUCGUCAGAUAACACUAUUAAGGUUUGGGAUACCAGAUCAAACUACAAGUGCAUCAAAACAUUGAAUGACCACACUGGCAUGAUUUUAGCCUUGUGUGCACACAGAGGGAGGUUGUAUAGUGGAUCAGCAGACUGUACUAUUGGGGCCUAUGACCUCGAGUCGCUUGAACUGAUUGAAAAUGUCACCGGUGGUGAGAACCCAAUUUGCACGUUGGCUGUUGGACAGAAUAUGCUGUUUAGUGGAUCACUCAAAAGCAUUAAGGUGUGGGAUCUGCAGACCCUGAAGACGAUCAAAGAACUGACUGGUCUGAAUCAUUGGGUCCGCGCUUUAUUUACCAACGAUUUGUAUCUUUUUAGUGGAUCAUAUCAAACUAUUCUCGUAUGGGAUCUGCAAACUCUCGAAUGUAUAAGGUCCCUUGAGACAUCAGGCGGCAGUGUCUACUCCAUUGCAGUUACCCGGCAACACAUUGCAUGCGGAACAUACGAGAACUGUAUUCAUGUAUGGGACGUUAACACAUACAAGAAAAUUGGCACUUUAUCAGGCCACGUUGGAACUGUCUACGAUUUGGUUGUAAUGCAAAUGGUGGAUACAACAAAGAUUAUUAGCGCUUCGUACGAUCGAUCACUUCGGGUUUGGAGUUUGGAUAACAUGAACUGUGUUCAGACGUUGAUUCGGCAUCAAGGUAGUGUUACGUCACUAGCCGUGUCGAGAGGUCGACUCUUCUCUGGUGCUGUGGACAGUACGGUCAAGGUAUGGCAAUAAACGUGCUAAAAGAAAAAUGAAAAGCCAAAUCGCAGCAUUAUUCUUUACUGUUAUCUUCGAACAAGCAUACCAAGUAGAGAGAGUGUCAUUGAGGUAUUGUCUGUCAGCCCUAGCUGCCUAAAGUGAUGAACUGAUGCCUACAUAGUUCAGCUUGCCAGCUCGUUUGAGAAUCUGUUGCGAAAGCUUUCCCGUUGUUUGGAUACUGCAGAUGGACACUUUUGGAUAGGCAGUUGUAAACGGGUAACUUUGGAUAGGCACUUGUGAAUGGGCACUUCAAAAUGGGAAGUUGCGUUCGACGUUCAGCUGAAAUCAUGUUUGUCUAAGGAACCAGACAACAGCUCUUUGCUGCACUACGCUCUUCAAGAGAGCAAUAAUAACAGUUUGCAAUCAAUAAAAAAUUAUUUUUUAGCAAGUAGUUAGUAGUAAUUAUUUUAGAUUUUAACUAGAAAUAGCGUUUUUAGCGUAUUUGAUUUUACUUCUCUAAAUUAUCGGAUAUAUGAAGUAUUUGCCUAAUUGUAUCAUGUUUUACACAAAUAACACAACUUCUUUAGUAGGUGGAACAUCAUUCCUUUUCUAUUUUUCCAUGUGCCUGCACACUAAGCUGUAAAACAGAAUAAUCAACGCUGUCACUUAUCAUUCGUUUAUUGAUAUUCUGGGUAUCAUAAACCGCUCCUUGUUUAUUCCACUCAUUCUUAUACGUAUUUUCGCGUCUCUAUUCCGACUCAUAAAGAUGCCUGGUUGCUGUGAAUAGAAAACAAAAAAAGAAACCCAAUUAAAUUUUGGUACUACAGAAGCAUUCCAGUAGAGAUUUUGAUGCAACUUGUUAAUAUGACCGCAUAUCUUUCAUGUCAAGGUACUUUUUGUUAUUCAACCCUUCCUAUCUUGAUCUAUGUACACAAGAAAUCUAGCUAGUUAUAUUAAAAUGAAAACGUUUUAUAUUGUCAAUUUGUAGUCCUAAUUUAAUUUGUAUGGUAGAAAAUUGGAGCGACAUUUAUUUAUAAUUUCGCGGUAACUGCAGCCCUAUGUUGAA